UUCAGUAAUUCACUGUCUUCUUCUCUCCUCUCACACUCAAACUCACAGGCCACAGUGUCCACCACGAACCACCGCACUCUCAACCGCCUAUGGAGGUUGCCACCUCAGCUUCCAGCUUCGCGCUUCACGCGCGCAUCUCAGCCCCGCCAGUUGCUCCCCGAGCUUUAAACCCUAACCGCAACCAAACAAUGUCGUCUUGCUGGCCUCUCAGAGCCUCCCUCUCCUCCAACUUCCUCUCACCCUUCGCCGGCGGAAGCAUCGCCUCUGACUUCUCCGGCCACAAGCUCCGCCCUCCCUCUCUCAAUCCGGCGUCGUCUCCUGGCUCUAAGCCCAAACGCGGUGUCUUCACCAUGGUUAUUCCAUUUCAAAGAGGAAGUGCAUGGGAGCAACCACCACCAGACCUGGCGUCGUAUCUAUACAAGAAUCGAAUUGUUUACUUGGGAAUGUCGCUUGUUCCUUCAGUAACUGAGCUGAUUCUUGCAGAGUUUCUCUACCUUCAGUAUGAGGAUGAUACAAAGCCUAUCUACUUGUACAUUAAUUCCACUGGAACAACUAAGGGCGGUGAGAAAUUGGGUUACGAGACAGAGGCUCUUGCAAUAUAUGAUGUCAUGAGGUAUGUCAAGCCACCGAUAUUUACUCUUUGUGUCGGUAAUGCUUGGGGCGAAGCCGCUUUACUUUUGGCUUCUGGUGCAAAGGGAAACCGUUCUGCGUUACCAUCAUCAACAAUCAUGAUAAAGCAGCCAAUUGCAAGGUUCCAAGGUCAAGCAACAGAUAUUGAACUUGCAAGAAAAGAAGUGAAGAAUGUGAAAGACGAGUUGGUCAAGCUCUUUGCUAAGCAUGUUGGAAAAUCGACUGAGCAAAUUGAAGCGGACAUUAGACGGCCAAAAUAUUUUAGUCCCAGCGAGGCAGUGGAAUAUGGCAUAAUAGACAAGGUACUGUACAAUGAGAGGGGUCAUAAAGACAGGGGAGUAGUGGCUGACCUGAAAAAGGCACAGCUUAUUUGA